CGACUCAUGGUUGGUGACCUCGGAAACUGGAAUAAAGGGUGAAACUUUGUUCCGUAAUAGAUUCUCUCACUCUCUCUCUCUCUGCGCCAUGUCGUCUUCUACCUCCUCAUCAAGACCCCUGAAGAUAGGCAUAAUAGGCUUCGGCACCUUUGGACAGUUCCUCUCCAAAACCAUGAUUAAACAAGGCCACACCAUCACAGCCACUUGUCGAUCCGAUCACUCCCAGCUCUGUUCCCAUCUGGCUAUCUCAUUCUACAGGGAAAUUGAUGGGUUUCUUGAGGCCGAAAACGAUGUGGUGGUGCUCUCUACAUCGAUUCUGUCCCUGUCAGAGGUGGUAAAAUCGAUACCGUUUCACCGUCUGAAACGGCCGACGCUCUUCGUGGAUGUGCUCUCGGUCAAGGAAUACCCAAAACAAGUUCUAUUGCAAGUACUGCCGCCGGAGUUGGACCUUCUUUGCACUCACCCGAUGUUCGGACCAGACAGCGGGAGAGAUGGGUGGAAAGACCUGACUUUUGUAUACGACAGGGUCCGAAUAAGGGAUGAAGUUGUCUGCUCAAGUUUCCUUCAAAUUUUUGGAAGUGAGGGUUGCAAAAUGCUGGAAAUGUCUUGUGAAGAGCAUGACAAACUAGCUGCUAGAAGUCAAUUUCUCACACACACAAUUGCCAGGACCUUGUCCGAAAUGGCGAUUGAGUCUACGUCUAUAGAUACCAAAAACUUUGAGGCGCUGGUUAAAUUGAAAGAAAGCACAAUGAGGAACAGUUUUGAUCUGUUUAGCGGGUUGUUCAUCCAUAACAGGUUUGCUAAACAAGAGUUGAAGAACCUAGAAGUCGCUCUUGAGAAGGUUAAACAGAAGCUGCAAGAUAAGAUGAACGAGGAGCUUGAUCCGAGUGGCUCCCACGUGUAGAAACCCGUGCGUAAUUUUAAUUUAUUUUAUGUAAUAUUGUUGUUACGUCAUAUUAUAAUGAAUAAUUUUGUGUGCCGUGAAUGAGUUUGUUGGAACCCACAUGUUAUGGAGAUUUUUU